CUGGAUGGAGAGUUAAACUGUGGUUUACUAGGUGUGAGAGAGCGAGUCAUUUUACAAUAAAAUACACCUAAAGGACUGCGACUGAAAAGGCGUGUUAUGUGAACUUGGAAGCGGUGCAGUCGUCUAUUGAUUUGGAGCUGUGGAGUAUAUAAUCGGAUUGCUGAUAGGAAAUUGUGCAGAAAAAGUCUCCAUUGUUGGAGGAGACAGCAAAACCCGUAAGCUUGCAAAGCUUCAUUCUCACGUAUUAAUACUAUAGGGACCCCAGCAGAACCCUAUAGCCCUAGUUUAUAUAGGAACACGACGGCAGACGAAGGGACAUCAUAGGCGAAUGAAAAUGACAAGAUUAAGACUUGUGUUUUCAACAUUGCAAGUUGUUGUGUCGAUUUUCCUGCUGGUGUCCUGCUGCCCUGCCUCGCUUGCUGCUGGCGAGUUUGACCCGUAUACAGUGUUAGGAGUCGGAAAGAGUGCCACUCAAGCUGAAGUUAAGAAGGUUUACAAGAAACUCGCUCGAGAAUGGCAUCCAGAUAAGAACAAAAGCCCUGGAGCAGAGGAUAUGUUUAUUAAAAUUACUAAAUCUUAUGAGCUUCUGUCGAAUGAAGAGAAGAGAGCUAACUAUGACCGGUACGGAGAAACGGCUGGAAACCAAGGCUAUGCACAGCAGCAGCGGCAGCAGUUUCAACACUUCCACGACAGCUUCUACUUCGAUGAAUCUUUCUUUCAUUACCAGUUCAACAAAGGGAGCAGAGACUUUGCAGACACUAAGUACAUGUUGCAUUUCUCUCAGUAUAUGAACGACAUUGUCCCCGACAGUUUUAAAAGGCCGUACCUUAUUAAGAUUACCUCGGACUGGUGUUUCAGCUGCAUUCACAUUGAGCCUGUGUGGAAAGAGGUUGUACAGGAGCUGGAAGCCCUGGGCAUGGGGAUUGGUGUAGUGGAUGUGGGAUAUGAACGUCGCCUGGCGAACCACCUCGGAGCACACCGCACACCCUCUAUACUUGGACUCAUUAAUGGGAAAGUUACGUUUUUUCAUUAUGCUGUAGUGAGGGAGCAUCUGCGGCAGUUUGUGGAGAACCUGCUUCCAGCAAGACUUGUGGAGAAGGUCACGGAUCAGAACUACAUGCAGUUCUUGAAUAGCUGGCAUGAAGAAAACAAACCACACGUGCUGCUGUUUGACCAAGUGCCUGUUGUACCUCUUUUAUAUGAGCUGACGGCUUUUGCCUAUAAAGAUUAUGUCCGAUUUGGAUACGUCGACCAGGGUCUGGUUGAGACCGAGGCUUUGCUCCAGCAGUACAAGAUCAACACAUAUGCUCCCACCAUGUUACUCUUCAAGGAGAGCACAGACAAGCCUGUUGACAUCAUUCAGGCUAGAGGAAUGAAGAAGCAAAUCAUUGAUGAGUUUGUUUCCAACAAUAAGUUCCUCUUGGUUCCCCGACUUGUAAACCAGAAGCUCUUCGAGGAGCUGUGCCCAGUGAAACAGUUCCAUCGGCGGAGAAAGUAUUGUGUCCUGUUGGUAACCAGUGCAGAGGACUCCUUUACCAAUGGAAAUGAAGAAUUCCUCUCGUUUGCUGCUUCUAACACCAAAGAGAUUUUUAGGUUUGCCUACGUCUAUCAGAAACAGCAACAAGCCUUGUGUGAUGUGUUGCUGAAGGACAAGGAGAGAGUCCCAUCUCAGGUUUUAAUUCUGGAGAGACGCAACACAGCAGGAAAGGUGAGCUAUAAAGCAGUGCCAGGCGGGUGGAAUGGAAGUGAAGAGGAGAAGUUUCAACUUCAGGAACAGCUGGAGCUGCUGCAGAAGGACCCUGCUUUCCUCACCAGCGUUGCUGUACUUCCAGAGCUCAACAACGAGUUUGCUUCUAUGUUUCUUCUGCAGUGGAUCUAUGCUGCGUAUGACUAUGUCUCCCAGAUUGGUGAUGAUUUACUGCACAACAACUGGCGUGAAAUUAUGCCUCUCCUGUCCUUGAUCUUCUCUGCACUCUUCAUCUUGUUUGGAACCGUUAUUAUUCAGGCUUUCAGUGACUCGAGUGAUGAAAAUCAAACCAAGCCAAAGACAAAAGAAGGACCUCAAAAUAAUUCUGAGAACGGCUCCCCCAACGCAAAUACAUCCAGCAGAGCUCCAAAGAAAAGCUUUGUGGAGGUCACUGAGCUGACGGAUAUCACCUACACCAGUAACCUGGUUCGUCUGAGGCCUGGCCACAUGAACGUCGUGCUCGUUCUCACAGACGCUGCCAAGAAUGCUCUGCUCAGCAAGUUUGCAAAGGAAGUCUACUCCUUUACUGGGAGCCUCACCUUGCACUUCUCCUUUCUGAACCUGGACAAACACAAGGAGUGGAUGGAGUCCCUUCUGGAGUUCGCUCAGGAUGCUGUGCAAAUCGACAGCGACGAGGAUGACAGCCAACACAAAGCGGACUACACAGGAUACGUGUUGGCCUUGAAUGGACACAAGAAGUACCUGUGCUUAUUCAAACCCGUGUACACUGGGGAGGACCUCCACAUGGACAGCAGCAGCAGAGCCUCUUCAUCCUCCAGAGACGAAGCAGCGACUUGCAAGAAAACGGCUUCAUCCAGUCUGCAGAUCCACCACAAACUAGACAGGCUGGGCUUGUGGAUGGAGAGGCUACUGGAGGGAACAUUACCCAGAUACUAUAUCCCAUCCUGGCCGGGACUGGACAAAAUCACUACAUCCAAAUAACAUUGGACUGUUAAGCAAUGAUUUCCAUUAGCUCAAUAAUACCUAUUCUGCUUACCUGACUAGGAGAAAGCACUGCAUUUCUGAUUCCACCCCAUUUUAUUGUUUAGCUAAAAAGUCUAAAUAGAUGGAAUUGUAUGCACUGUUUGUGUGUGUUUGGGAGCUGCACACGGGCAUUGUGUUCUUAUGGUUUCUCUAGCAGGCUCACUGUUACAAACCCUCCUUGAGUAUGGUGAAGAUAUUUAACAAAGGUUAUCCAAGCCAGUCAUAUUGUAAAUGUUGAAUAUAGUGAAUAAGCAGCAAGGUUUUAAAUGAAUUUCUUACCUCUAGUGAUAGAACAAUAGUCUCAAACAAACUUGUUUUCCUGACUUUUUCACUUGAACUCAGCUGAAGCCUGUGUGAGCAUGUGGCUUCUAGUCUUCAUUUGUAUCCUGUGUUGCGAGUAAUAGGAACCCACAGCUUCCUGUGUGCAGUUUAGGGGAAUCCCUUCUUGUAACACAAAGAAGUGCAAGGAAAAGUGGCUUCACUGAGUCAAAGUGAAAAACAUCAGGGAGCGAGCGUGGUGUUCCAGUCGUACUCCAUUGAUAUUUCUGAAAUUAAGGGAAUGGGCUAAGACUCCAUUCAGACAUCAUGUUUUAAUUUACCAACCUUGUGGGGUAAACUCAAUAAAAAUGUUUCACAGCCACAGGAAAUUGAGUUUGUUUUCACCAGAAAUGUACAAUUAAUUCCAGAUUAUACUUUAAAGAAUGUUUGAACUUUUGCUUCAAGCUGGUUUAAAAUACAAAUCUCCAUCAGGACUGGAGGACUGUAAAGCUUAUAAGAAUCCUCUUAGGCGUGAAGGUUAAUGAAAAGCUGCAACAAAGGUGUUUUUUUCAUUUCAAUAAUUCAAUUGAAUCCCACCAAUGGUACCCAGUGUGUAACCCUAUAUUGACAAAUUCCUGAAUUUGAACACAGACAUCUUAAACACAUGAGUCAGAGAAAAAGCAGUUACUGAAGGAAAGCAGGUUUUACAAAAGCACUGAAUAUAGCAACUGCUGUGAAACAAUAUAAAAAAUCAAAUACAUGUUUAAUCAAACAGUCAUUUUUAUGAGCUAAGAUUACAGGAAUCAUUUCACCAGUGCUAAUUCUUUUGACUGUUUCCUUGAUAAACUGCUUUGCAUCAUGAUUUGGCAUGCAUUGGAUUCCUAAUUCACCAUCGCUUCAGACUCUUAAAUGCUCAGUUACUGCAUGUUAGCUGUUUGGUCACCUUUUAGAUGCCUAAUUAUUGUGCUGUAAUCAGAAACAGAACAGCAGCUUCCAUAGACAAUGCACCACUGUGAGGUUCCCUAGUGUAUGAAAAGUAUACAACUAAUUCUAUAGAUUGUACACCAGGAGUCUGGGGAUGUGAUGCUAGUUAAAAUAAAAAGGGAAAGUUUAGUACAUGGGCAGAGGUGUAAAAGAGGUGUUUAUAUACAGAUCUAAUAUUAAAUAUUUAGAACAGUUAUGCUUGUUUUUAUAUGUAAAGGCCUCUUGAUGGGAUAAUAUAAAUGAGUUUUGGAAGAGAUUUUUAUGUUUUGCACUGUUGAUAACUAAUUAAAAUAAUUUUAGUUUUUUUUUAUGUUUUAUCUCAUGCAAUACAUAGGUCGUGAUGUGGUUUAUAUAUAUAUGUUGCAUCAAUGUUCCAGAACUAAAAUAAAGUAGAUUUUAAAA